CUCCCAUUUCCGAUCACUGCUCAAGAACUACUUCGAUCUCAACCUCUCUUCUUUCACGUCUCUGCUUUCCACAUUCUGUUCGAUUUUUCGCUCGCUCGCUCGAUCGCCGAUUGUUUUCUUCAUGGCUUCCGAAACGAAAGAUGCCCAUCUGAUCGAGAUCCCCGUCGACGAGGAGCACCGAGAGAAGCUCUCCUCGGCCGCGAACGGGAUGCUCGCCGCCAUCCAGCACCACCCGCUGAUGGAGAUCUCGCGGAGCCCGGGCCACCUCCUCCUGCUCAAGCUCUGGCAGAGGGAGGAGGCCCUCUUCGGCCACCGGGCCGCGCUCAAGGAGGCGCGGCUCGACUCGGCCAGGCGCGAGAUCUUCCAGCUCUGCUUCUCCUUCUUCGUCUUUCACGGGCUCUUCUUGACCCUCCUGUACACGUCCUCCGUUAACGACUCCGCCCACGACGACCGCCAAUACCACGGUGCUUGCAAGAAGUGGUGGCUGCCCACCAUUUUGUCGCUGUGUACUUCCCUAGUGUUUGUGGGCUUGGUGCAGGUUAAGCUCUGCCGCUACUGGAAGGCCUCGCGGCAGCUGCAGAGGGAGAGGAGCGACAACCGGGCGCUCGGGAGGUGCGUGCAGGAGCUGAGGAUGAAAGGGGCGAGCUUCGACCUGUCCAAGGAGCCGGUGAUCGGGAAGAGAAUGAAGAGCUCCAGCGUCGAGAUCAAGUGGAGGCCGCUCACCUGGUGUUCUCAGAACGCGGUCACCGUAUGUCUCCUCUGUUUUACAGGUCUGGUGGCCCCUGCUUCGAAAUUCAUCCUUUGCUGAGCCGCUCUGUUGCCGGAGUUGAGUUUGCACGGGAGCCAAUUUCGCGAUCCGCAGAGAAUGUGAAACCAGGGGAAGAUAUUCGACGUGAUUCAGAGCCGGACGUCGAAACCGGAGACUAGGCAGAGAGCGUGAUUCCUUCGCCAGAAACUGAAGCUUUGCUCUCGCCGUCUCUUAAUCCACGAUCUCUUGGGGGAUGAAGCAACUGGGUCCGAUGCUGCUCGGGACAACAUGAAAUCGGCUUACUCCCGCUCUAAGCAAUGCCUGCCUCUCAUAUUCUUACCACGCUUCUUAGGGCUUUUGAAGAUCGAUAUCCUAACAGUGAGGAUGAUUCAAAGCAACACCGCCUGUGUGCUUUAUUUAUACAAAGAGUGCUGUAUCAAGAUAUUUCAUUUAAGGGCCGAAGGCCUGCAUCGUGUUUAAUAACAUUUCUUUACGAGUUUCUGCAACAA